CGCGUUGAGAUAACGAAUUUAUUAAACGCGUCUAUUCAUUCAGAAUAUGAAGAAUCAAACAGGAUACUGUGAGACAACAGGCAGUGAGCGGUUCAUGAUGAGUAACGUCAAAAUGGGUCCCGUGUUCAAGGGUCACGCAGCGGCAGCGCACAAGGAGCGUCUCCCGCCCGAAGGCGCUGGCUCUUCAGCAUAUGAUUCUCAUGCAGCACCUUGGACAGGGUUCGCAAGCUCUUUCCCGACACCUCUCACCGACUCUCUCCUACGGUCAAAAUACUCCAAAGAAUCGUUAAACGGUUACCCCACUGAAUACAGCCCCAUCAAGUCCACCGGGACGAAAAGAGAAACGUUAUUCGACACAGGACAUUUGUGCAAAAAGUGCAUCUCUCAUUUCAACGUCUUCAAAAGGGAAGCGUUAAAGCAAGUAACUGACGAACGUCUUUCUACCAGAGAUCCCAAAGUCUUCAUUCAUCUUUAUGAGAGCAUGAAACCACCUGCUAGUACUGUAGAAGCCUGGGGCAACGCGGACGGACGCUGUGGCGUCUGCUCCACUCACUUUAGCCAGCUAAAGCAGGAGGCUAUCCGCACGAUCCUCACCCAGGACCGGGCCAUAUGGACUCCACCUUCCACUGCCAACAUCACAUCCACAAGCCUAGACUCAGGCUCACAAACGCUCCCCAGAACCUCAAGCCACCGAUCUGUUGUCUCAGACCCCCAUCAGAGGAAAAGCAAUGCAGCACCAGAUUACUGGAUUAAAGGACGUCAACAUUUGGAGGCCCUGUGGCCCUUGUCCUCAUGCAAAGGAAACAAUUCAAUGUCUCAAAAGUCCUCCCAGAGUCCUUUGCAUGCAGGGAAGGUGAAUGAAAAGGAGAAUGUAACUACUACAGCACUAUGCAACUAUGGCGCCACACAGCCGACGCGUUCUUCCAGUAUGUCCUCUCUGCUCCCUGCAGGAACAUCUGCUGCCUUGUCUUUCUUUGUCAGGGCAGCGCAGAAGUUGAACGUCAUGGUUAGAAGAGGAAGACACUUCUCAGAGAGCAGUGCUUCCCAACGCAUGACAAACUUCAGUAGCCUUCUGCUGAAAUCUCCUCCUCUAGCACCAGCACACAUUUUUCAAGCUUCUAGUAAGAGCAAGGAAACAUCUGGGAUGGGAAAGGUCAAAGUGAUGCUGCGAGUGUGUUCAGUUCCUGUGUCUGACCCAUCUCAGUCCUACUCUUUCAAACUGGACAUGCAAAAGAAACAGAUCACAGUGCUGAAUGUACCCACCUUCAACCCUCAGAGACAGACUGCUGGAACUACAGUCUCCUCAAAGACCUUCACCUUUGAUGCUGCCUUUGGCCCUGAAUCAACCCAGGCAGAAGUUUGUGAGAACAGCUUGUGUGAAGUGCUGCAGUGUGUGCUUGCAGGAGCUGAUGGUUGUAUCCUAAGCUUUGGACAAACCAAUGUGGGAAUGUCUUACACAAUGAUUGGGAAUGAUGGUUGCACUCAAAGCCUUGGAGUCAUUCCAUGUGCUAUAUCUUGGCUUUUCAAGCUUAUUACCAGGAAGAAAGACAAGACAUGGGCGAACAUCUCAGUUUCUGUGUCAGCUGUAGAGGUCUGUGGGGAAAACAAUGGCAUCAGGGAUUUACUGGCUGAUGUUGACAUGGGCAACUGCAAGGAGACCUAUCCACCAGAUGCUUACCUCAAAGAGGACCCCGUCUGUGGAGUACAACUCUGCAACCACAGUGUACUAAAUGCUCCAACUCCAGAAAGAGCAGCUUUCCUACUAGAUGCAGCUCUUGCAUCUCGCAGUGGGAUGGUGGACAGUGGAGGGAGACCACCACAUUGCUGUCACAUGUUCUACACCCUGCAUGUUCGCCAACAGCACAUAGGAACCAGCGCCAAAUCUGGGAUGAAUGUGGAUCAAAGCAAGCUGAGCCUGAUCGAUUUAGGGAGCUGUGUGGGGGAGAGGGAAGGAAGCAACUGUGGAGUCUGCCUCGCUGAGCUUGGAAACUUUAUCGCAGCCAAUCUCAACAGACAUAAUCAGGUCCCUAUUAGGGGAAGUAAAUUAGCCAUGCUUUUGCAAGACUCUCUGAGCAAUGUCAACUGCUCCACCACAAUUAUUGCCCAUAUAUCCACCUUGUCUGAGGACCUUACAGAAAGUCUUUGUACGAUGCAGACUGUGACUCGAAUGCGAAGACAGAAAAAGAAGAUAAGGAAAUCUUCCUCAAGCUCGCCUGGAGGAAGAAGCUUAGGCAGUGAGAGGAAAUUUAAUACUUCCACCAAGCUGAGAUUUCAAUCUACGGGAACACUGGAUCAAGAUCUCUCCUCUCCUGGUUUCUCUAGUGAUCCAGUAUUUUACCCUGGGAGUGAUAAGUCUUGUGAUACCAUUAUCUCUAUGGAUCCUUCUGGCCUCCUAGAUAAAGAGGUUACAAAUAGAAGCAGAGAGGUUUUGCCUAUAAUUCCAUCCUUACUCAAGAGCAAACUGGAGUCCAAGAAGCUCUCGCUGAUGAAGUUUUGUGAAAUCUCUCCACCAAUUGCCAAUCGCAUGAAGCAGAUAUCAAAAGAAAAGACUAAGGAAGAGUCCACACCAACAACUUUGCAAGAUAAAUCAGAUUUUGAGUGCCUGAAGUGCAACACAUUUGCAGAACUCCAGAAUCGACUGGGAAACAUAGACGGAACAGAGUUGGAUCCAUGCAAAGAUCAGCAAGUGAACACUAUGAGCAAAUCACCUCACUUGAGCCAAACCAAAAAGAAAUCCAGUUCAUUGGACAUUCAAGCAUUAAACAACAGAGAACUCAAUAGUACCAGACAAGGAAACUCCACCAAAACAUUUGCGAUAAUUCACAACGGUGAAGAAACCACCAAUUCACCCAAUAUUCAGCCACAGCUAGAUGUUGUCAAACCGAGUGAUUCCAUGCUGUCUAGCCAAUCUAAGCUUCAUUCUAAAAUAAUGAAUAUGAUGCCCACUGCACUAUCUUUGAAAUUGGAAGACCAAGGUAAAAUGAGAGUAUCGGAGAAUUCCACACUGCAAUCGGAGACAAGAAUAUCUCCCAUCGGCAAGAGUUCUCCGAGGUCCACCUCGUCCUCUUCUUUUUCAUCAUCCCUGUCUUCCAGUUUGAGCUCCCCACCGGCUGUUUCUGCCCCUUUGAAUGGAGACAUUCCACAUUGUACAGGAAAAAAACAACGAGAGAUGAGGGCCACCAUCACUGUGACUGUUCAGAAGCCACUAGAUCUUAAUGGACACGAUGAGCUUGUGUACACCGUGGUUGAGGAGGUAACAAUAAAUGGAGCCACCGAGCAAGGAAAGGCACAAAUAUUAAGUAUUCAUGAGUCGCAAUCUCUCCAGGCUUUAACACCAGGAAGUCAGUCUGUGAGGAUUAUCGGCAGCGUAGGUGAAGAGCAAACAGAAAGUUUUUAUAGUUCCAACUCUGAUGCACAAACUUCAGAGCAUGAAGCCUCCACGGACCCAUCAGAUGCAGCUAUUAAACACCCAAAAAUCAAUGCACAUAUUGACAAGGCAGGCGGCUUCAUUGAUUCAAAAAACCUUCAGCAGCAUGAUACUUGGUCUGAAGUGCCUCUGACUGAAGAUGUGAAAGAGAUACCUAAAGGAGCCAUGGUUAAACUUAACCCUCCCUGUGAGGUCUCUGCGUCCAGAAAAUAUGCUUGUGAAAUUAAACCUGAGGAGAGCUGGUUGUGCCAAAACAACAAGAAAGACGGCAAGGAUGUCCCUCACAUGAAAAUAGAACAAAAGAACCCACAGAGUCCAAGAGAAACUCCAGAGAAGAAACAAUAUACAAAGAAAGAUGGCCCUGUAGAAUGGACCAAAGACAACAUGCCACCAACAUCAACAAACAGUCCCAAUCUCAAAAGAAAAGAGACGAAAGAAGAAUUUGGAAAAGCCAGAAGUGCAACGAUAAACAUGGCUACUGAAACUACGACCAACACUAAAUCUCAUUUCGAGGAGAGCAGCAAGUUGUUUAAUGCCAAACUGAAAGCAUUAUCUGGUAGGAGCCAAACAUGGGAUCACAGUAUGAGUGGACGCUCAACAGGAAGCGUUGAAGGUAAUUCUAGCUCAAGACUUAAAAGCAAGUUCCUUGAAGAGACUGCUUUCAUUGAUAUGGCUCCGAAAGGCCUUUUAGAUAAAGAUUAUAUUUCAGCACAACCCAGCCCGCUAGGUUUUAAAGAAGACUUCGAGGACUUUGUAAGGUGUCGAGCUAGUCAGAGUCUCGGGAGGGUUCCACAGUUCUUCCCCAUGCAGGAUGCCAACGAUCCAACCCGGCCAUCGAAAAACGGUCACUCUAAGACAAGCACCAUUAAUAAAUUCAUGCCCAGUUCAAAGGUCCACAAGAUGCCAAACUUGUCUCCUAAACCCACUAGAAACUCGAUCAACCGGAGCUCAAGCUUUUCUCCUAACGGAACACAUGUCAGACAGAGCUCCUGGUCGACACACUCCCUAUCCCGAAGUCAAGACAACGGCAGUUUGAUGUCCCCCGGUGCAGUCCGGAAAGGAAGAGUUGAGCUUUUAAGAAGCAGUAGAGAUUCUCUUUCUGCUUUUAGUCAAGGUGGGUCUGAUUUAGAUGAAUGUGAGGAACUGGGGACGAUGAAACCUUUUGUUCACACAUUGCCAUCGCCGUAUAGCCGGAUCACAGCUCCCCGGACCCCACACCACUGCAGCGGCCAUGCCAGCGAUACCACUAGUAUUCUGAGUGGAGAGAUGCCUCCUGCCAUGUGUAAAACAGCUUUACUCUAUAACAGGAGCAGUAUGGUCAGUAGCGGCUAUGAAAGCAUGCUGAGAGACAGUGAAGCUACAAUCAGCAGCAGUUCAACGCACAACUCCAUCAGCGAUCAGAGCUGCUCGCUCGGUGCUGCUAAAGGCAUGAGAAGUAACAAGAAAAGAACCAACAUAGGGUCCAGUCUAAGACAUCCAUCUCAAGAAAACCUCCUGUCUCUGAAGAGAUCCGUCAGUGGGCCCAAAACGCACCGGGUGGAUCGGAGUGGUUCUGACUCUUAUGAAAUUAAAGUCUAUGAGAUUGAUAAUGUAAAUGGCGUACAGAAGAGAGGUGGGGCAGGGAACAAGGGUAUAGUCCUCUUUAGUGCAAAGCUGAAAUUCUUGGAGCAUCGACAGCAGCGGAUAGCAGAGGUGAGACUCAGGUAUAAUGCGCUCAGGCGAGAGUUGGAACAGGCCAAGCAUCAUCUGAUGUUGGACCCUGGAAAAUGGACCCGUAAAUUUGACUUAUGGCAAACAUUUGAGGUAGACUCCCUGGAGCACUUAGAGGCUUUGGAGCAAGUCACUCAACGGCUAGAGCGUCAUGUUAACCUCUGCAAAGCACAUGUCUUGAUGGUCACCAGCUUUGACGUUAAACCCAAGUGCAGAAAAAUACGGCAUCGGCCCACGAUAGAUCAUACAGCGUUCGCAGGAAUGUAGCAUGCCACGAUUUUACAUGACCACUUUUACCUGUUAUGCAAAAUAUUAAAUGAUUUGCGUGCAAAUAUACGGAGCAACUACGGGGACAUAGUGAUGGAAAAAAUGAGAACUGAAAAUAAAAACUUGGCGUUCGCUAGAUAGAAUAUAUUUUUUAAUUCCACAUCAUAUUAUUUCCAUUGCAAAGGUUUUGUGAGCGAACUCGGGAGAACGCAAAAACAUUGAAAUAUAUGUUUUUUCUUUCUUCUCGUUUUAUUUGUCUUCAUGUCCCUUGAGGAGCUCCGUAGAAAUCCUCUAACCAUCUCAAAAUUAUCACAUUAUAAGAAAGCUUCUAGUGAUGCUGUGCAGUCUCUACUUGAAAUCUAAUUUGCUGUCAGUGUUUGUGCUGUUAGCUUUAGCACAGAGAAAGUCAGAACAACACAUUAGGCUGCAGACUGCUGUCUGAAAUUAUAAACCUAUGGGUUUUUUUUUUACUGUUCAUAUGUUCAUUCUUGGUAGUCAGGGUUUAGGAUUUCCAAUUGCACAUUUGAAAAUCCUUUGUUAACUUUCAUACUGGCAUAUUUACUAGGUUAACAACAUUUUAACAGUGUAUCUUACAGCAUGUAAUGAGCAUGUGACCUGUAAAGUAACUGCUUGUCCAUCUGUAAAAAUGUUCAACAUUUUAAUCUGUUUCAUUCUCGAUUAUUUUUUUGUUUACGAUGUGCUAUUGCUCUAGCACCUUAUUGUUUCACACAGUAGGCUAUAUUAGGCCUACUUUUGGGAUUCAUUUUACAAGUUUAAACAUAGUAACC